GAGAACUGUGACAGUUUUAUUCUCGGUGAGCAUUAACAUCCGGAUGAAAGUGUAGAGCAGGAAGCAAAGGCAACACACCACGAAGUAAUGUGACAGAGUUGAAGGAAAUGACAAGGAAUGAAAAGAGCAGCAUGCCAACAAGUCAUCAGAAAGCAAAAAUUGAAUAGCCGAGUGAGCAGGAAACUGAAACAUUGGAUUUGGUGAAGACCUGAGUUCAUGGAGCCCUCGACGUCAUGGGACGACUGCUCGUCAACAACUGGCUGCUCGUCCUUGUGUUCACUGCAAAUGCUCCAAGUUGCCAGAACACCGCAGCAGCGUCCACAGAAAUAAGCUGCAAACCUGUAAUUAUUAAUGAAGCUCACUUCGUUCAGCCAUCUGCAGACAUGUGUAAAGGAACAUGUAGCGGGAACAAGUUCUGUGUUCAGACAUCAAGUGAACAUGAACACAGCAACAUCAGUGCCGUGUGCAGAGACAGACAGUUGACCUCACAGGAAGUCUACCUCGUCUACCAUCAUUGUCAAAGUUCAGUGUUGCCAUGUCGUCUGGAGGUCGUGCCGGAUCUGCUAGGUCCUGUCAUGGUGAAGUACUGGUGCUUGGAAGACAACAGACAGAUCGUGGACCCGUGUGAAGAAGGCAACUACAUCAUGACCUCCGUCAACUUCCUCUACGGCUACCACCGCGUCGUCAACACAACCAGUGACGUCACAUGCUCGUGCUCACUCACUAAACGCAAUGACUCCAAGUCACAUCAAUAUCAGGGCCGUCAAUGCCUACAGUCUACAGCAUGUGGAUAACACUCUUCCAGAAUUUGUUGUAGAGCACAGUAAUAAAAGGAGCGAGCUAACAGCUUUUUCCCUCAGGAUUUUAUUAUCACUACCACAACGACAAACAUCUCACUGACUCUCACCGUUUCCUCGGAUGACAGAAUUGGCAGGAUGUGGGUCAGCGUCUCUCAGCAAGGCCAGGGUAACUUUUUUGUAAAGUGUUUGAGCGUCAGUGGAACUAUUCCCAUUUCAUCCGUGAUACAAGCUCCUCCAGAUGACAGUUUGCUGGUCCCGAUAUUAACUGGUGUCUUGUGCUUUCUCUGUGUACUGUUCAUCGGCACUGUUGUGUUUCUGAGAAGGCGCUGUUGCCUAGCAACGACAUCGUGCUCCAGAGGAGGAGGCAACCGGGAGAUGCUGGAGAUGGGUUAUCUGCCCGCCAAUAUCACGGUGAACAGAGAGGCUGUCGAGCGCGGGGUUCCCGAUGCCUUCCUCCGCAACUCGGACACAUUCAGCCAGAGAACAUCCCACGGCUCGCUGUCCGGCGCAGAUGUCAUGGAGACCGUGGCCGCCUACCUCCGAAGCGCGUACCCCUACCGAAGCAGCACUGCCGACCCCCAGGUUCCCAUCGUCUCUUCUAGAAAAUCCACGUCAUGCCCGAACGUGCUGCACGUGCCUCAGUGCGGGCUUACACUCGCAGGUGAAGGUCAUGUCGGUGGUGCGAGGAGUCAACCUCUUGAGGUCAGAUUGAACCCGAGGGACUCUCGUGACUACUUCGAAAUAAUUAACAUGCCUACCCGGAGUGGUGACAGCAGUCCAGUCGGGGCAUGGAGUUUUUAUGGAGACUCUUGGUCAAACGCCGAUGACACGUACACAGAUAAGCCUGGCAAGCCAGGUUUGCCUCAAGCGAGAGACACCCGUCAGACGUUAUCUUUCGGUGGUAUGACCAAUCCAAGAAUCACUUUAGAAGACUGCGCACCUGUGACAGGUGUCAAGUCUACAUCGGCUAAGCUUCGAGAAGGCAACAAUGGCAUGUCGAGUGAUGCGGUUGAUUAUUACAAUACUCGUGUAGAACCAGACACCAGUGAAUAUAUGACUCUACGUUUCAUAGGUGAAAAGGAAGACUUUAGCUCGGAUCAUAAGGCCAGUGAGACCCACGUAUAUGACACAGCUACCCCAGAGAAAAGUGGUUUUUUCUUAGCGCCCUAUGCUGGGUACAAUGAAGAAAGUUCAGCAAGGAACGGAACGGUUACGAAAGCUGCAAGUUCGGGCAGACUGACUCAAGAGGCUAGCGCCGAGGACGUCAAGAGACCUGACAAUCAAUGUUUGGGACACGACCGGCCACAGCAACACCGUCAGAUUCCUCCAUUGCAUUAUGAGUCAGUAGUUCUUGACUCUAGUCUUUCUGCAGCCGGUGAGCCCAGUCCUGCUUCGGGUUUCACGACCUCCGGCUAUCAAACAGACCCUGACGGCCGAUUAACCGUUUUUAAAGAAUCUGAAGCCCAACAGAAGAGAAAGAAAAGACAGGAAUUCUUUUUGGUCGGCGACAAUCGAACUUUCUACGACCACAUCAGCCACUCUGGGGAGAACACUUAUUCUUCGCUGAACCGCCAGGUGCGACGUCAGGAGGUAAUUGAUAACGUAUACAGCAAGUCGAACCCCCAUUUGACCCACCCUGCGCCUGCUCCAUCCCCUAUACUGACCUACACCGCACCUGAUCCACCCCCCAGCUGACCACUCCGUAUCUAGUCCACCCUCCAGAUGACCUACACUUCACCAGGUUACACUGACUUGGAGUGGUCCACUACUGCUACUGGAAAUGCGGUACGUGUUGCAAACGGACGUUGUCUACCACCGCCUACUUAACAACUGUCUAACGGAAAGGGGUUCACAAUUAUCAGAGAAGAUAAGGGCCACGGAAAAGGAGGGGUGGGUUUUGUCUUCCACUGGACCUGACGAGAGGGGGGCAGUGUGUGUGUGUGGAGGGGUGGAUGCUGUACCUGGGCUUGCGGCUGUGAAGGAGGCAUAGUGUCCUUUUCUCUCUCACAGCUCCCGCCUCCUUUCCUCUCUCAUUAAGUUGUAAUUAUGUGACACAUAAAUCCAUCAAUCAAACGUUGCAGUGUUAAUGUCGUGUAACGCAAAAUACACACGCGUUCAUCAUCAUACCAAUAUCUGCAUAUCUUAGAGCAUUUGUUGUUUUUUGUGUUUGUGUGUUUAUUUUUGUGCGGGUCUUCAAUCAUGUACGAAUGGACAGCUUAAUAGAGCUAGAUAUCACACUUGUUGCUUGAGGUCCUCACUGUACGUGUAAUGCUUAGACAAGCUGUAAUCUUAAUUGGGGGUUGUUUAUAGCUUGAAGAUGUAUGGCCAGUACACACCUGGUUUCGAGAGUCAGACGACAAACACUGAAAAAGAAAGAACUGGCGAGAAAUCUACGACAGAUUUCAACCCAAAAUAUUGUGUGCAACUUAUUUUUAGGGGCUUUCCUCUCGGACAGUAGAUGAAAUGAGAGUGCACUAUCACGACCUGCAUAAUCUAUAAAAAGGAGAAAUUUGUGUAUUCUGCUGUAGUAUAUAGCAUCGUGAUCAUACACUGUGAUUAGCAGUUGAAUAAAGUGAUAGACAAAAGAAAUCUCA